UGAAAUGACAGUAAGGUGCUCAGUAGUCGGCAAGACUUCAAACAGAACACGAAAAUCAAAAGUAAAAUGAGUAACAAUCGGCAAAAUCCAGGCACCAAUGGGGCUUUGCCAUCCGCACAGGCUGACGAAGAUAUGGUGAGGCGCGAGUUGGACGAGAUUGCACCUGGUCUGGCUGGAUUCAUUGAGGGACAUAUAAUUGCAGCCCCACCAGAAAUUAAUGGGCAAAGCUGCCUUAACGAUCCUUCGAUUUUGGCCUAUGUGGUGCAUGGACAUUCCGGGAACGAGCUCUCUGAAGAUGUGGGGAUAUCAGCGGAGCCGAUCGGUAUCAAUAUCUAUAUUGUCAAUAAAACCGAGAGCGGAACACCCGUCUUCAUGGAUAUUACAACUGGUCAUAGCGCCAUCAUAGAUGCCGGCACCAAAAACGUCAUCGUACCGCUGCACCAUCCCCAUAGCUCUGACUCCGUCAUCGUGAAUAUCCAUCAGACUACUCCGAACUCCCGGGCGGCCAGUAUGUCUAGCAGUUCGGAGAGCCAGUACCGCUGCCCCAUAUGCUUUCGUGAUGCCAAGGAACUGGAGAGUCUACGUGCCACCCGUUGCGGGCACAUCUGCUGCGGCUGUUGCCUCAAAAAGGCCCUGGAAAUCUGUCCCAUUUGCCCCAUUUGUAAGGCUCCAGCGAACUAUAGCGAGUCUAUACUCUUGCUCUUCUAAAAAGGCAGUCAGGCACUUUGUAGCCUCAUUAUUUAAGCAAGGCUAUAGUCGGGAGUGAUCGUUUAAUUUGCCUACAAAGAUGCAUCUAAAUGCAAACCACUGCUUAAAUAUUAAAUAUAUAUAAUUAUA